GCUUACCUACUUCCUGUUAAAGUAGAAGAAGAAGCGGAAGCGGAAGUUGUCCUCUCUGCUAACACGUUAAACAUCUCGUGUCUUCGUUAUUUUUUCUGUUUCGAUCGUUAAAAUGAACGAAGCGAAUAAAACGCAGGAGUUUGAUUCGUAUGAGAUCGAGGAGCCGAGUGACGAGGAGGGCGCCGCCAGCAGUUCGGAGGACGAGCUGGACGUGCUGCUGAACGGGACUCCGGACCAGAAGAAGAAGCUGAUCAGAGAGUACCUGACGGGGGAGAGCGAGUCGUCCAGCGGGGAUGAGUUUGAGAAGGAGAUGGAGGCAGAGCUCAGCUCCACCAUCAGGACCUUGGAGGGGACCUGGGGACCAUCGACAGAAGAACCAACCCCGGGAAAUGGAGGAGGCGGCAGACCUGGACUCCCUAAACCUCAGAUGUACGAUAACGUCUACUUCGACUCUGACUCAGACGAAGAGGACAAACCAAGCAGCUCCACAGGCCAGAGGCGGAGACAGCGGGUCAUACUGACCAAUGACGAGCUGCUGUAUGACCCCGACGAGGACGACAGAGACCAGGCCUGGGUGGACGCCAAGAGAAGAGGAUACAACAGCAGAAAACGACCAGCAGGAGCGCUUCAGUCGCAGCCUCGUCGAAAGCAGGGUUUACCCAGUAGUGACGCCAUUCUCAACUGUCCCGCCUGCAUGACGAUGCUCUGUCUGGACUGUCAGAGGCAUGAGAAGUACCGGACGCAGUACCGAGCCAUGUUUGUCAUGAACUGCACGGUGAAGAGAGACGAGGUGCUGCGAUACAAUACUCAGCAGGAGAGGAAGCAGAGGAGCAGGAAGAGGAGACGGGGACAGAAAACAGAAACACCUGCAAGCGAGGCUCCUGACCCGUCGCCGGCAGGGAUGGACGCCGAUGAAGUUUACCACCCGGUGCAGUGCUCGGAGUGCUCCACAGAGGUGGCCGUGUUCGAUAAGGAGGAGGUGUACCACUUCUUCAACAUCCUGGCCAGCCACUGCUGAGACGGACUGAGCGAGUGCGUGACACAGAGGUUGUUUUGAGAAGAACAGAACCAUCAGCGUCCCGACUGAGAGCGAGACUCCUGCUGUGAAUGUCAACAAGUCUCACGAUCAUGAAUCUGAAAAGAUUCACCGUCAGAGGAAAGCUACAUACAUGUUGGCAGCACGUCAUCCAUCUUUGAAACUUUUAAAAUAUCGGACAAACAGGAAUUUGAAUCUGCACGUUGCAGCUCUUCACUGUCGAUACUGAACGUUCACACUCGAGUGAUUCAUGAUUUCUGAGGCCAACACCCGUAUUGAUAUUUCAGGAUUUACAAAUAUUUGAGAGGCAGAUCUUUUUUCUUUUUAUUGAACACAUCAUUAUGACUGAUACGGGUGUGUUUUUUUUCAAUGGUGUAACGAGUGAGACUUUUCUGAGACGUUGUUUUUUUCACCAUCAACAUAUUGUUUAUGAUUUGUCUGUUGACUUUCAAACAAUAAUUAUAGCUUAUGAUAAUUUAACAUUGGACAAUUCUUUUGGAAUCACUUUAAAUUAAAGUUGUGCGGCCUCUGUCAGAACCUGUCAGAUCACAUGAGUGAAAGAGGAGCUGGAUGCUGGAGUUUUUUGUUUGAAUCGCUGAAGCUCUGGGCUUUUAUGAAGUUGUAUAAAAAUUGAUGCCAAAUUUUCUAUGAGGA